AUGACUUACGGAAAAAUCAUAUUUAACAAUAUAAAAGAAUAUACUCCGUCUUGGAUUAAAACUAUUCCUUAUUCAUAAACAGUUAAACCAACUUUUACCAGGCUUCCUUAAAGAGUAGGAAUAAUGAAUGCAGAUCCUAAAGUUAAAAGAAUGUGGAGAUUUUUACAACAAAAUGUAUAAUAUUAUCCUUGGUUAUGGCAAAUGUUCUUAUUAGGAAUUUCAUUUACAUGGUUCCAUAUUGUUUAUGAUCCUUGGUUGUAAUUAUAUAAAGCAAAUAAUGCUAAUAGAACCUAUGAUUACGCUUUCAAGAAAGAAAAAGCUUAUUAAAAAAAAAAAUAAGCUGAAGAAGAAGGCGAAUAAUGA